AAAAACUGUGACGUCUGGGAAAUCCGAGGGAAUAACAGGGUUGCCUGUGAAAUGCAGCACACUCUGGCUUAGCUGACUCUCCUUUGAAGAUGGACGCAAGGCAAACGAAAAUUGCAACUCGAGGCCGCAUCAUUGGGAUGAGGGAAAGUGGUCUCUCUCCCAGUGAAAUUUCCAGAGAGUUGGGUAUCUCACGAUCUGUCGUUUACAGGUGGAUAAGGAGAUGGGAGGAGGAGGGUACCCUGAAUGACCGCUCUCGUUCCGGUGCUCCACGGAAAACGACCGCAGACCAGGAUGCUCAAAUCCGGGAGACGGUGGAGGCGAACCCCUUCACCAAUGCGGUCAAAAUCCAAGAAGAACUACAGCUCCCAGUAACAAGUCGCACGGUGAGAAAGCGAUUGCACGCAGAUGGGAUUCAUCACCAGAUAACACAAGAUAUGAUAGACAAAAUAUCUAUGAAACUGCGAGAAGUGGACACGUGACAUGCAACAUGUGGGGGUGGAUCUUCCUGCAUGGAGUUGGCGAGCUUGCAGAAAUAGACGGAAGAUUCAAUUCCGAGAAAUAUAUAGAAUUG